AAACCUGACCACCUCUCGCCUUUCCACCCCAACCCAACCUUCCACCUCAUCUCAACUAACCUUGGAGACCAAACUCUUCCUUGUUUUCGACCGUCGACGCUCUCUUGUCUCGACUUUUCUUGGUUGUCCUUUCUGGAUCCAUCCGCCCGGGCAGCAGCAAUCAGCCAUCAGUCACAGGGCUAGUUUUCGACCCGACGGCGAUCUUGCCUCCUUCCUUGCUUGACCUUGUCCCCCGCCCCCGAAUAUCUGCCUUCUCUUUUUCAGGACGAUUUGGGAAACAACCGCGGACGAUCCCUGAAUCACACAAAACCAGUCAGCGCCAACCAUUGAUCCGAGAUCGUUACCGACAUUCACGCUCAAGAAGAGGGGCUUUCGGGUAGAGACGCUGGUUCCACGGCCUAUAACCGGGGCAUUUGGAGGAAAUUUUGGGCUCAGAUCCUGAAGGAAAAAGGAACUGAACGAACGUACCUUUCCCACUUUCAACCAUACGAUUGCUCACCAUGUCGAACCACAUCGUGGGCUCUGUCUACCAGCAGGUCAUUGAAGAUGUCAUCAAUGCCUCGCGCGUCGACUUCGAGGAAGGUGGCGUAGACGAAAGCGUUCUGGAGGAACUGAAGAAAGGCUGGCAGCAGAAGCUCACGCAACUCGACGUCGCCGCCUUCCCCUGGGAUCCCAAGCCAGAAGCCCCUCCCGCCCCUUCUGCCUCGGCGCCCCCUCCUCAGGCAGCACAGGAUCAUCUUCAGCCACCCCCGCCGCAGCCCGCCGCACCUUACUCGCAAGCCAACGCGAGCCCCCAGUCCGCCCCUCAGGGCCUUCCUCUCCCCACCGGCGGAGCCGCUGGUAACGGGAACGCGCAGAUCAAGCAGGAACCCCAGAUCAAGCAGGAGCCCGGCGCCGGACCAUCUCCCCUGAACAUGGUUCCCCAAGGCGAUAUCGCCCAGAUGCGCGCCAUGCAGCACAUCGCAGAUAGGUUCGGUGAUAAAGGCGCCGCCAUCAACCCUCAGCCCGGAACCGGUCCGAGACCCGCCGGCCAGCCGCCUCUUCCGCAGAUGCAGAACCAGCAAAACCAGCAAAAUCAGCAAAAUCAGGGCAGGCCUCAGCCGCAGCAGCAAUAUCAGCAACCACCGCAACAACAACAACAACAACAACAACAACCCUCAACGGCCAGCCCCGCUCUGCCAGGCGUCAGGAAUGCGCAGACGGACGGUCCGGCCGACCAGGAUGACGGCUUCGACCAUGUCCAGGGCGUCCUGAUGCAGCGCGACGCCGCCGGCACCCUGCACGAGCUCGGCCGUGUCGAUAUCGACCGCCUCAUCCACGCGCAGAUCGUGUCCAAGGCCAAGGCCAUGGAGGGCGGCGGCCUGAUGCUCCCGCUAAAGGAAGCCACGCGGCACCGGACGGCCGCGAGCAAGCGCAAGCGCAAGGCGGUGCCCGCCCAGUCCGGAGAGUCCGGAGAGGCGGGGGAGUCCGGGGUGGCGCGUUACGAUGGUGACGACGACGACGAUGACGACGUCGCCGACGAAGACGCCAUCAACUCCGACCUCGACGACUCGGACGACGAGAAGGAAGACGAGGAGGUGGACGACGAGGGCCUCGGUCAUAUCAUGCUCUGCAUGUAUGACAAGGUCCAGCGCGUCAAGAAUAAGUGGAAGUGUGUCCUCAAGGACGGUGUCCUUACUGUCAAUGGAAAGGAAUACAUCUUCCACAAGGCCACCGGCGAGUACGAGUGGUAAGAUGAACGGACAACUCGAGGUUGGAUUGGCAACCCAGAGACAACCCCGCUCGCUCUGGGGGAAAUGGGGGAACACCCCAGACCUUGACCACAUUCGAAGAGCAAGUCCGACGGGUUUUUGCCCCUCGCCGCAACACCGUUUUAUUCAUUGAUUUCUUUCUUGUCGCCCCUUCCGCUGCAGCAUCACCGUCAUCGGCGGCCCAUGCAUAGUACCGCCCGGCUGAAAGGGAAAAAAAGAGAAAAAAAGAAGAGGUUGGGGGGGG